UUGUGGUUUGUUGCCCUCGGAAGUGAAAAAUAGUAAGACAAACAACAAGGACAGCGUUAGCCAAGAACAUAAUAAGAAAAAACGUAUAUUUGAAUUAGGAGAAAGAACACACUCUACUAAUACAGGAUAAUAAUAGUUUGUAUUCACAAUUCAAUAACUAAAUGUUCUUUCUACGAGAAGAAUUGAUCAGUUUGCCACAUUUGAUCAUUUUAUAGGAGCGACGCUAACGUUACAGGGCUCAAGCUAGCCUACAUUGUAUCAUCUAAUCUUGCCUUCCCUUUUUACGGAAGAGAAAGGCAAGAACCAGAUACAAGAUGAGGCCAGUCGGGUCCAAGGAUUGUAACGAUUGAUCCUUGAUUCAAUGUCUGCAUUGGGUAGGGUACCUAGGACAAUGAUGCCUGCCAUUAUAGUAUUAUUCAACUGUCCUUGUCUGACUUUUUGGCCUUGCUGAGGUGUGGUGUCGGAGAAGGUGCGGUCAGUGAGAAUGGAUCAAGGCCCCCACCUGACAUGACAUUGGAUACUUUUUUGGAACUUUAAUCAAGAGACUGGGAGGAAGAUGGAGAAAGAGGUGGCUGAGAGGGAGGUGGAGAUGAAGGGAGAGACAUGGACUGUAGAGGCAACUGAGGAGAGUCCUGAAGAGCUGCUCUCAGGUGUUCCUCACCUCCCAUCUUCAACCGCCAUGCCCGACCAGUGGGACGUCAGAGGAGAUGAGGAGGAAACUCAACAACAAGUUCCCAAUAAGGAGAUGACUGACUAUAUCAAAGUUACCCCUCAGGAUAUCCAAUCCCCAGUCAACCAGGAGGACUCGGAAGAUGUAGAAGCAGAGGAUUGUGCGAUUGCAGAGGACAAUGAGGUCUCUCUAAGACAGGAGGGGGUGGUGCAUGUGGAGAGAGAAGGAAAUGAGGAGACAGAGGGUGGAGAUGAAGAGGAGAGCGGAGGGAAGGAGCCAAGCAUAAACGGGGAGUCAGGCUGGAGGAACUCGGGGGCCGGAGGGAGGAGAGGCCGGGCCCGGAACAGCGGAGGGGGGGGGGCAGCCUCGGAGCAAAACACUCAGGCUACAUCGUCAUCCUCGUCCUCCUACCUCCCUAAAGUUUCCCUGUCGACGGGUGGCGGUAGGCACAAGCAGACCCGGAGGCGCAACCACCACCAUCAACAGGGCCGGGGCCGGCGGCGGACGGGCACCCAGCUGGCCUUGGCCUUCAGGGAGCUGCUGUCGGAGUCGCUCAGCCCCUGGUGCAUCUCCUGCAUCCACAUGGUGGUGGAGGUCAUUGUCACCAUGACCCACCGAUGCGGAGUGGCCGUGGAGGUCGGAGGGGUGGCCCUCUACGACCUGGGCUCACAGAUGCUCAACAGGGUCACUGACGUGUCGGGGAUGAAGGCAGAUGCCCAACGCGUGCUGGAGAGGGCGAGGUGCGCCGGGGCCGUCCUGGUGGAUAAGAGUGUUCGGUUGGUGAAAUGGGUCCGGAAGGCCUCCCUAACUUGCUUCGGCCUCCUCUGUGCCGUGGUACUGCUGGGGUUCCAGUGGGCCCGGUUCACGCUGGUCCGGCUGGGCGGGGAGAGGGCCCAGCGGUGGUGGACGACCAUGCAGGACUCCAGGGUAUGGAGGAGGGUGGCUUCGCUGGUGGAGAGGGUCAGCAGCUGGUUCAGGAGGAGAGCCACCCAGGUGCCCCCCUUGACCCCAGAUUCUCCUGGUGGAGCAGGCAGAUACCAACCUGGGAAGGAGCUGGAGAGACUGCUGGCGCUGGCUCAAGUCCCUGAGGAGGAGCUGGACCCUUUUACAGUGCUGGGGGUGGAGGCCCAUGCCACUGAAGCUGAGCUAAAGAGGGCCUACAGACAGCUGGCUGUCCAGGUCCAUCCAGACAAGAACAAGCACCCACGCGCUGGGGAGGCCUUUAAGGUGCUCAGGGCUGCCUGGGACAUCGUCAGUAACCCAGAAACACGGAGGGAAUACGAGCUGAAGCGCAUGGCGAAGACAGAACUCUCCAAGUCGAUGAAUGAGUUCCUCACCAAACUGCAGGAUGACCUGAAGGAAGCUAUGAACACUAUGAUGUGCACCAAGUGUGAGGGCAAGCACAGGAGGUUUGAGAUGGACCGGGAGCCUGCGGAGGCUCGGUUCUGUGCAGAGUGUAACAGACGCCACAGCGCCGAGGAGGGAGACCUGUGGGCCGAGUCCAGCAUGCUGGGCCUACGCAUCACAUACUUUGCCUGCAUGGAUGGCAAGGUCUACGACAUCACAGAGUGGGCCGGCUGCCAGAGGAUAGGAAUCUCCCCAGACACACACCGCGUUCCCUACCACAUCUCCUUCGGAUCCAAGAACAACAGCAACUCCACGCAGCGCCACAGGACACCUCCAGGCCCAGAGCACCCUCCUCCAGGCCCGACCAACCCUGCUGACCUGCAGGACUUUUUCAACCGCAUCUUCCAGGGGGGACCUCCCCCUGAUAUGGCUGCCAACGGGGGUUUCUUUCCCUCAGGACCGCCCCCCCAUCACCCCUCUGGCGCUGGACUGGGACCUAGUGGACCUUUUUCCCCUCCUCCACCUCAGACUGGCUUCUUCAUGCCUCCUGGGGGGCCCCGGCCAGAGCCCAGCGAGACGUGGGCUGAGAGCGGAGGCAAACCUCCACCCCGCAGGAAGAAGAAGGUCCGCAAGCCCUUCCAGAGGUGAGAGCGGCCAUUGUUGUGAUACGUCAUCAUAGCAACACAGGGACACUACACAUGGCCAUAUCUGUCUUCUUGCUUGUCUGUCAGCGAGCCCGGACCUCCCCUUACUGUACAUGAGUCGAAGGAUCACUCGAGCUCAGGAAGAUUCACACUGGUCGGGGCUACCACCCGAAUCAAUGACUGACAACACAUAGGUCCCAAGCCAGAGAUGAGACUGGACCAUGUAUAAGAAGAAGAAACUAACUCUGUUUAAGUAUAUUUGGGGUAAGGAGGUGGCAGUAUUUCUGCUUCUCCCACUCUCAUUUGUUUUCUUCUUUGAUGAAACAGCUGUAGCCAUGCCACUGAAAUCACAAGCCUAUUGCUUAUAAUGCAAACACAUUUCCUUAGAUCUUACUUUCCUGCACAAUUCUGCAUACACAAUUACAUGCCAUUGGACUCUUUUAGUCCUUGAGACUUUUGUGAUACAUUUUUGGGGAUAUGGUAAUGUAAUAUUGCUUCAGGUCUCUGCAUUUGUGUUUGAGAGGGACAUGGCUAGAAGAAGCCAAUCAGAAUUGAUUCAUUUCUGAAUUUAACUGUUCAAGCUGAAUCCUGGGAGAAGACUGUCCAGAGAGAGGGCUCCUCUGCCUGUUACUGCUUGUACACAUCCUUCCUUCCGCCUGUUGCCUUCUUUGAUAAAUUGUUAGGUUAUCAUUUGAGCAACUGCUUUUCUGCCAUUUUUAUUGCUUUGAAUGAAGUUAGAGUGAAAGUUUGUCACUAAGUUAUAUUGGGAAGUAGGUUUGUGGGGAAUGCUUUUGCACCUGAAUUAGAGUGCAAGUAUGCUCCCUGCCCAACAUAGAUACACUGCUCAUUGAACAUCUUAUUCAAAAAUCAUUGGCAUUAAUAUGGAGUUGGUCCCCCUUUGCUGUUAUAACAGCCUCCACUCUUUCACUAGAUGUUGGAACAUUGCUGCGGGGACUUGCUUCCAUUCAGCCACGAGCAUUAGUUAGGUCGGGCACUGAUGUUGGGCGAUUAGGCUUGGCUCGCAGUCGGCGUUCCUAUUCAUCCCAAGAUGUUGUAUGGAGUUGAGGUCGGGGCUCUGUGCAGGCCAGUGAAGUUCUUCCACACCGAUCUCGACAAACCAUUUCUGUAUGGGCCUUGCUUUGUGCACAGGGGUAUUGUCAUGCUGAAAAAGAAAAGGGCCUUCCAUAAACUGUUGCCACAAAGUUGGAAGCACAGAAUCGUCUAGAAUGGCCUUGCUGAAGCGUUAGAUUUCCCUUUACUGGAACUGAGGGGCCUAGCCUGAAACAUGAAAAAGAGCCUCGAACCAUUAUUCCUUCUCCACCUUUACAGUUGGCACUAUGCAUUCGGGUAGGUAGCGUUCUACUGGCAGAUGAUGAAGCGUGAUUGACCUUGCUACCGGAGGUAGUUUGGAACUUGGUAGUGAGUGUUGCAACCAUGAUGCUACGCGCUUCAACACUCAGUAGUCCCAUUCUGUAAGCUUGUGUGGCCUACCACUUUGCGGCUGAACUGUUGUUGCUACUAGAUGUUUCCACUUCUCAAUCACAGCAUUUACAGUUGACCGGGGCAGCUCUAGCAGGGUAGAUAUUUGACAAACUGACUUGUUGGAAAGGUGGCAUCCUACGAUGGUGCCUUGUUGAAAGUCACUUAGCUCUGUAGUAUGGGCCAUUCCACUGCCAUUGGCUAUGUGCUCGAUUUUAUACACCCCUCAGCAACGGGUGUGGCUGAACUUCCAUUGAGAACACAAUGACUAGCAGUGUACAAUAUUGUUAUCAGAGAUUAGUCUUUGGCAGAUACUUACCAACAGUUUAAAGGUUGAUUGAAUGACAGGGGAGCUGAAUAUCAAGACUAACAGUCCUACCACCACUUUUUAUUUCAAAGAAGAGCUACCACUGCCCUCUUUUGCCCCUUUCUCAUUGGUCAGUAUGCUCCAGAUUGAAGAGGGAUAGUAUUCAGAUCUCAUUAGUCAGUAUGCUCCAGAUUGUAUAGUAGUAUUCAGAUCUCUAACAAUCUGCCUGUACUCAUUAUGGCAAAUCAUUGUGUUUUUCCUGUGGAGAUACAGUAUUGGAAAUAAAUGUGGUGAAAGUUGAUCAUCUAAUUCCUUUUAUAAGCCACAGGUCUAGCUAGGUUCCAGUGAAGGAGAUAAAACAUUCAAACGUUAAUAGGUCUGAUUCCAUAUUUAUCGAUAACCCCAGAGUAGGAGCGCUGAUCUAGGUUCAGGCCUUUCCAUGUAAUCUUAUUCAUUAGCAUCAAAAAGGCUAAAUUGAUCCUAGAUUAGUACUCCUACACCAAGACGCUUUAUGAAUAUGUGCCCUGCCCAGGUAUCGGUUCCAUUUUACCUUUUUGAUUUGUGUUAUUCUGUGGAUGUUGGGAGAUGGGUUGUAGCUUUGAUUUAAAGGGCCUAGGUCCCUUGUUGCGCAUGUUUAUUUGUUCUCCUUGAAGUGAAAAAUGUUUUCAGUGCAAUUGUCCACUUGCUUUUUAUUUUUUUAUGGAGGUAUUAGAGGUUUAAUUUAAUCUGUUUUAGUCUGAAUUGUCAAUACUGUCAGAUUGUUAGAUACCCUAGUUGACUUGAGAAUGUAUGGCUUAAGUAGCAGUCUAAAGUGGCAAGUCAACUAAGGGCUCCCAAUGUGGAAGAAGAGCCAAUAUCGCAGAUUAUAAUUUGUUCUUGAGAUAUUUUUAAACAGUAUAUGCAAAAACAAAUAUUGCAAAAAAAUCUGACAAUCAUCAGGGUUAAAUGUGCGGGGCACUUGCAUUUUUUUUCAGUUUUUUGGGGUAGGAAAGUGAGUUUGCUGGCAAGAGUUUAUUACAAUUGUGAAACAUCAGUGUUCAGUUGAUUUUCCUUUUGUCUGGAUUUCAUAGUAAAGUUGAUUUCAGAUGGA